AAUUGGACUUAUAUGUUGCUUGAUAGGACAGUGAUUAAAAUUGUUAGAAAUAACCUAAUAUUAUUGUUUUUGUGCUGCUAUUUCUUUAACAGUAAUAGGACAUGUGAUCGAACGUAAUUUAAUGUUGAAUAACCCGCUAAAGAAUUUGUGUAUGUGUGGGCCAAUGAGAAUUAAUUCUUUUGGCCAAGUUGCUGUCGUUCGUUCUUCAUUUUCCAGAGGGCGCUGAUGUUGUUAGUGAUUUUUGACGUUUGGAUGGAAUACAAACGAACUGAUCACUUGUUGCUUCAUGUGUCGGUGGGUGGAAGUGUAUGUGUGAGUGGCGCAUUGUUUGUAAGUUGCAGUUUCAGUGGCAUUGGUCUAUGAAAUCAUCGUCAAGAAUAAUUACGUGCAUGAAUACUGUUCAUGGGAAUCUGUACGUAGAUAUCUCAGGGUGUAAAAUUUGGAGGACAGCGUGGCAAAUUUCGAGGGCUGCAAAGCUGUCACUUUGACUUCAUCUGAUUAAUACUCAUCGGUGUCAUCAAUGAACAUGAAUUCUGCCGAAGAUAAUUCAGAUGCAGGUAUUCCAAAUAUUCCUGGACCAUACAUUAGUCCAGAACAGACUGAAUCCUUUCCUUUGAAGCAAGCGUUAUAUGGUGGAAAUAGAAGAGUUUCUAAAGAAUGCUGCCCAUGCAUGGACAGAGAUGAAAGUAGUGGUUUACGUGUAAUAGUGACAUGCUUCUUUGUUUUAUCAUUGAUCAUAACUGUGGCAUUGGCAGCUCAGAUUUAUUUUGGAGAUUAUCAGCUAGUACCACAUGGUAGUGUUGCCACAGACAGUCAUUAUUGUUCUGUCAUUGGGACAGACAUAUUAAAGAAGGGUGGCAAUUCAGUGGAUGCAGCUGUUGCAAGCACAUUUUGUAUGGGUGUAUUACAGCCACAUGUUACUGGUCUGGGAGCUGGGGGAUUUUUAUUGGUUUAUGACCAUAGAAAGAGGCUUGUCUUGGACGUUAUUGAUUUCCGAGAAAUUGCUCCAUUAAAUUACAUGCAUUCGCCUAAUGAAAGUGCAUUUCAAGACAUUAAUGCUCUGAAGGGACAAGAUAUUGGAGUUCCAGGACUUGUUAGAGGUCUGGCACUUGCUCAUUCACUAUAUGGAAAGUUGAUGAAAGGUUUCCAAGUUCCACACAGCCUUGCGCAGGCCUUGAGACGAUUUAGUGCCAACUCCACUGAUAAUCUCAAACUGCAAGAAACUUUUAGCUCUCAACCUGGUGCCAAUCAAACAUUACCUCAUUUAGCAGAGGCUCUAGAAAAAAUUGCCAUCCUUGGACCAGAUGUUUUCUACAAUGGCUCACUUGCUGCCAGUAUGUUACAAACACUUUCUCAAGCUGGAAGUAAUAUUACAAAGCAAGAUCUUUCUGAUUACACUCCCAAAAGGCGAAAAGCACUUCAGGCCAAGUUUUCAAACUUCGAAGUUUUUGUACCAGGUGCUCCGUCUGGUGGACCUCUUCUUCUGGCUACCCUUAAUCUUUUGAAGAAUACAAACAUUACUGAUGAAGAAGAGAUAGUUAGUGUGCUUUCUGGGAAAUUAAAUGACAUGUAUGAAAAUUUCAAGGGAGAUUGGGGUGAUCCAGAUCAGAAUCAAAAUGAAACUGAAGUCACAGGAAUUGCAUGGAACUUUCCAGAAGCUGUUACAUCUCAUGUUGCUGCAGUUGAUCUGAAUGAUCUAUAUGUUUCAGUUGUUAGCGGGUUAAAUACAUGGUUUGGUUCGCAAGUAAUGACCGACAAUGAAUUUAUUCUCAACAAUGCCUUAAAGAACUUCGAUGUUGGAAAUAAUGUAGCCAGUCCUAAGAAACGUCCUUUAUCAUUGGCUGCUCCAAUAAUAGUCACUGAAAGUGGUCAAGUCUGUGGUCGAAGAUUAGUUCUGGGAGCAGCAGAUACUACUAUAGCUGUCCAGCUGUUGGCUGAGUUACUGUUACUGCACCAAAAUGGGACAGCAAGUAUUGAAGCUCCACGAUUCCAUUUUAAACCUGCUGAAAAACUAAUUGAAUUGGAAGGUUUUAGAGCACCCAUUUUAAGUAAUGCAACAGUGACUCUACUUCAGCAGAUGGGUUUCAAGUUUCAGAAAAUUCAGGGCCCGCUCCAAAGCUGCAAUGUGGUAGAAAAAAUUGGAGACACACUUACAUCUCAUUCUGAUUCAAGAGGUGGUGGAGUGUCUUCCAGAUAUUGAUAUUAAAAAUUAAGUUUUUUUUUAUUUGUUCAUUUAUGAAUGCAAGUUUUUAAUUUUUGUAGUUUUAAUUAUUUUUAAACAAUAAAGUUUUCUAUUUACUUGUUA